AUGACUAGUAAUUGGUCACCUGAGAGUGCAACCAAAGCUUAUCUUCGAGCCUUGAAAAUGGGCAAGAGAGGAAAAGAGCCAGAUGUGGGGGAGUUCAUAUCAGCACUUGCAGCAGGGAACAACGCACAGCUAAUGGUGACUGUAUCAUCUAACUCAGGCAAUGCCAAAUCCACCGUGCCAGCUCUCGCGGCCGCCGCUCAUCAAACCGGUGGACGAACCAUUUGCAUUCUACCUGGUAUCCACCAUAUUCAUCAAACUAAACAAGCCCUCGGACCAUGUGCAAAUGGUGUUGAGUUUGUGGUAGGGGAUGAUGCAAGAACCCUUUUAUUGAAUGAGUACAAAGGAGCAGACUUUGUGGUUAUUGAUUGCAACAUUGAUGGUUACAAGGGUUUAUUUGGAGCUGCAAAAGAGGGUCUAAUUAAGGAUGGGAAUAUUAAGGGAGUUGUAGUUGGGUACAAUGCAUUUCACAAGGAGUCAUGGUGUGGUGGUGGAGCUGAGGAGGAUAUCACCCACUUCUUGCCAAUCGGAGAGGGGUUGUUUGUGACAAAAACAGGCGGAGCCGGGAAGGUUCAUGGUGGCGGGGACGUUGGCUGCCGGAGAAGGAGUAGGUGGGUUGUUAAGAUAGAUGAGUGCACUGGUGAGGAGCAUGUUUUUAGGGCGAGUUUCGAACGAGGAAAAGCUUACGAUGGAUACUUAAGCACCCAGAGAUGA